AUGGCUUGCAACGGAAUAGUAGGCUUUGCCACUCACAGCAAGGCUGUCACUGGUGAUGAAGAGAAGGAUUUGGCGUACAGGUUGUUUAUCGAGCUGCUUGCGUAUCAGCUAGCAUCUCCGGUAAGAUGGAUUGAAACGCAGAACGAGCUUCUCAGGAUACCAUCGCCAGUGCAGCGAUUCAUUGAAAUUGGACCUCGAGCUACGCUCACAAGGAUGGUCAGAAAGUCCGCUUCCAUACGUCAUGAUCAGCAUGCUCCGUCGCAGUGGUCGCAUUUGCAGUUUCUUUCGUAUCAAGACGACCGGGACAGAAUACACUAUGAGUAUCCGGACCCUGUCCCGCUGCCAUCGACCAUGCAACGAACAUCCCCAGCUUCGCCUCCAGCUCAGUUGGUCGUAAAAAGCUCUCGCUCAGAUGCCGGACCACCACUAGGAUCAAUGUCAAGCCCUGCGUCUGAACGUAUAAAGACCUCAGCCCAUGUACCCAGCGCCAGAGUUUCACUUUCGGCGCGUCACAUUCUUUUAGCCAUCACAGGUCAGAAGUUGCGAUGCCCUUUCGAUCAAGUGCCUAUGGACACGACGAUCCGCAAUUUGUCAGGAGGAAAGUCCACUCUUCAGAAUGAACUGAUAGGUGACUUGGUCGCUGAGUUUGGUCGGGUCCCGGAAGGCAUGGAAGAUAUGUCCUUGGCCAAUCUGGCAGAAGCUCUCCAGGGGAUAUUUUCAGGCAAACCUGGGAAACAGAUGUCGGCCUUGAUAUCCAGGUUUAUAUCAAGCAAAAUGCCUGCUGGAUUUAACCAGAGAUCUGCACAAAUGUACCUGCAUUCGAAGUGGGGCCUGGAGGAGCUUGAUGCAAUGAUUCCCAUGUGCUUUGCCAUCACUGUGCAGCCGUUAUCCCGUCUGCCGGAUGCAGAGGCCGCGCAUGCAUAUCUCGACAAUCUCAUUGGUCAAUACGCAGUGUUUGAAGGGAUAACUAUGGUGCCAACGCAACGACGUUCAAAUAACGAGAUUGGAUCAAUGGAGCCCAUAGCAAUAGAUGCAGUGGCACUCAGGGCACUCCGAAAGGAACAACAGGAUCUCCAACACAAGCAGCUGAGGUUGCUUGCAGAUCAUUUGCAGAUCAAUAUCGGUGCUCUCGAGGAGAAUUCAGCACAGAUGGCAGAUGAUAUAUUGUCCUUGCAAGAAAGCUUGGAACAGUGGAAUGCAGAAUUUGGUGAGGAAUUUCUGGAAGGCAUCCGACCUAUUUUCAAUGCCAAGCAGAUCAGACAGUAUGAUUCUUGGUGGAACUGGGUCCGCGAAGACCUGCUUCAAUGGCUUAACAAGAUCCUACUGGGAUCCAGAGACAUCGUGGUUUCAAGUGAGGAUGAUCACCUGCGUCGGAUCUUGAAUCGCUGGGACUCUAGCUGCACGGAUGUCAUUCUAGAUCGACUGGAGAUAUCAUCCUCAACAUCAAGAGCUUCUCAGACAGUUGGCCAUAUUGUGCUGUUGAACAAAAUCCUGAGCUUAGGGAUUCAUGCCCAAGCUACUGAUCCUGUUCACAUUCACACAUUGCCUCCUCUGAAGCCUAAGAUUAACUUCGGCAGCUCAGGGAGUUUGGAAUACGAGGAAACGGUUCGCUCAGUAGGCAGCUACACGGACAUAAUCCGCCGGGGACGUAGUUCUCCUACCGGUACCACAGCGUCCACCCCUUUUGUGCAUAUCAAAACACGCAACGGUGAAGAAGACUGGACAUAUGACGCAAAUGUCACUGAGAUGCUUCAUCAGGUGUUGGAUGUGGGCCUCACCACUGGUUUCAGUUAUGUUGGUAAAACAGUGCUUGUGACAGGUGCUGGUCCCAAUUCCAUUGCCGUAGAAAUAAUCCAAGGGCUCCUCGCCGGUGGCGCCCGCGUCCUCGUCAGCACAAGCCGUACGGUCUCCACGAACGCUCAGGUUUACCAGAGGCUGUUCAGGAAGUACGGAGCCCGCGGGGCUAGUUUGACGCUACUCCCAAUGAACCAAGCCAGCAAACAAGACUGUGAGGCUAUAAUUGAAUAUAUAUACGAUGCAAAAUCUUCUGCUGGUAAUGAUUUGGAUUGCAUCAUUCCGUUCGCCGCCAUUCCGCAAACCGGUGAACCCGAGACGUUAAGCGGCCGACAAGAACUUGCCCUCCGAGGGAUGCUUGUGAACCUCCUGCGGCUGGUGGGUCUCGUUUGUCGCGAAAAGGAAAACCGACGCAUAAACACCAGACCGACAAUGGUAAUCCUACCAUUGUCAUGCAAUGAAGGGACAUUCGGUGGAGACGGCCUGUAUGCGGAGGCGAAAAUCGGACUCAAGUCCUUAUUCAACCGAAUUCACUCUGAAAGCUGGUCGACUUAUGCCACUAUCUGUGGAGCUGUCAUGGGGUGGACUCGAGGAACUGGAUUAAUGCACUCAUCGGAUAUAAUAGCAGCGGAGAUGGAAAAGCUCGGUGUCAUCACCUUCACCCGAGCCGAGAUGGCCUUCAAUAUCCUGGCGCUACUAUCACCGGUCAUAAUCGCUCUCGCCGAAGAGACACCUGUAUAUGCGGAUCUUACUGGCGGAUUUGGGACCAUGUGGAAUGUAAGUGAAUACAUCGCAGCGAGCCGUAAGACGGUGGCCGAAAACCUUCGUUUGGGUCUUGUUCUGGCGGAAGAGGAGGUACACCAAGAAGAAGCCAUCCACGGAAGGCAAACAGACCCUCGUGCACACGAGCUAAAAGUGAGAAAUAAGCGAGCCAACCUCAAGAUCGGAUUCCCCUCAAUAACGAGGUACGAGCACAUGACGGCCGGGCUUCCUGAUCUUCAAGGAAUGAUUGACCUUUCGCGAACGGUCGUCAUAGUAGGGUUUUCCGAGCUCGGGCCGUGGGGAAGCUCACGCACACGAUGGGAAAUGGAAAGCCAGGGUCAAUUCUCCUUAGAAGGAUACGUUGAAAUGGCGUGGAUGAUGGGUCUGAUCAGACACACCACAGACGAUUUCAAGGGCCAGCCAUACGUUGGGUGGAUCGAUGUCGAAACAAACGAGCCGAUCCCGGAUGACGAGAUUCCUAGAAGGUGCCACCGAAAGAUCAUGGAGAACUCUGGCCUUCGCUUUAUUAUGCCCGAUGCACUCAAUAGAUACGAUCCCUCACGAAUGGAGUUCAUGCAUGAAGUUGCGAUUGAAGAUGAUCUGCCGCCGUUCGAGAGCUCCAAGUCUGCGGCAGAAGCAUUUAAGUUGCGCCAUGGAGAUCAUGUCUUUAUCCAGCAAAUCUCGGACUCGGACAAUUAUCGUGUAUCUAUGAAGAAGGGGGCUGUGGUAAUGGUGCCCAAGGCAGUUCCUUUCCAUCCCCUUGUGGGCGGAAGGCUUCCCAGGGGAUGGGACCCCUUGCGGUAUGGCAUUCCCGGGGAUAUUGUUCAAGAAGCCGACCCCACUACUUUGUAUGCACUCUGCUGCGUCUCGGAGGCAUUCUUGUCCGCUGGUAUCAAAGAUCCGUAUGAGAUGUAUAAGCACAUUCACGUCUCUGAAGUAGCCAACUGCUUGGGAACUGGGGGUGGUCCUAUGAAGACAAUCCAGAGCAUGUACCGCGACCGAUAUCUCGAUCGGCCAGUCCGAGGGGACAUUAUUCUUGAUCACUUUUCUAAUUCCAUGGGCGCGUGGGUAAACAUGCUGCUUCUCUCUUCCUCCGGUCCACUCAAGACACAUGUCGGUGCAUGUGCCACAGCCAUAGAAUCAUUAGACAGUGGAUGCGAGACUAUUCAGACUGGGAAGUGUAAAGUUGCUAUUGUUGGCGGUUGUGAUGAUUAUGGAGAAGAGGUCGCUUACGAAUUUGCUGGCAUCAAGGCCACUGCGAACACCAGAGAGGAGUUGGCCAAAGGUCGUCUGCCGGGCGAAUUCUCUCGCCCGACCACAAGCUCCCGGAGCGGCUUUGCGGAGUCCGCUGGUUGUGGGGUACAAAUAGUAAUGGCUGCCGAUCUUGCUCUUGAAAUGGGACUGCCAAUCUACGGUAUUGUUGCUUACACCCAAAUGGCGAGUGAUCAAAUUGGUCGAUCCAUUCCAGCCCCAGGCAAGGGAAUUCUCACAGCUGCACGAGAGUCAAAGGACGCUAGACACUCGCCGGUACUGAAUUUUGACUUUCGACGCGCAGGAUUCGAGAAAGAAGUAGCCGAUAUUUGUCACCAAUCAUCGGGCGAACUAAGCGGCAGCAUGAAAUCUAAGAUACGACAUGCCCAGCACCAGUGGGCAAACAGAAUCCGGCUGCAAGAUCCUGGAAUUUCUCCUCUCAGGGCCGCACUAGCAACAUGGGCACUAGCAAUCGAUGAUAUAAGUGUUGUUUCGAGCCAUGGGACUUCAACACGAGCGAACGAGAUCAAUGAAGGUGAGGUGAUAAACACCCAAAUGAACCACCUGGGUCGACGUAAAGGUAAUCCGCUCCUAUGCGUGUGUCAGAAAUCCGUGACAGGGCAUCCCAAGGCAGCUGCGGGUGCCUGGCAACUCAAUGGCUGCAUACAAAUGUUCCGCGAUGGGAUAGUCCCAGGGAACCGCAACGCGGACAAUAUUGACGAGCAGCUCCGACAGUUCAAGCAUCUGGUCUAUCCCAUGGAAUCGAUGAAGGCGCCCGACUUGAAAGCAAUCAUGCUCACCUCCUUCGGAUUUGGUCAAAAGGGUGCUCUGGCCGUGGUGGUAGCACCCAGAUAUCUCUUCGCGGCUGUUCCGGCUGCAACGUUUGACGACUACCGAAGUCGAGUGAUACAGAGGCAGCGGACAGCCAACGUAGAAUUUGUCAUCCGGCUGCUGAAGAACUCGCUGGUCCAAGUUAAAUGCGACCCACCGUGGAAAAGCCCUGAUAUUAUGAAGAGUAUCUUCCUUAACCCAGAGAGUCGUUUAGAAGCGGCUGACUCCUCCUUCGGGGAGACUCCGGCUAAAACUUCUACUCAGGAGAGUAUAGACAAUAGAUCGGCUGUCACGGCUGCGCUUGUUCAAUCCCUACUCGAGCAUGUUACUGGGCGCGCCGGUGCGACAUCAUCGACCAGCGUGGGAGUUGACGUGGAGGAGAUCACGAGUCUCGACAUUGAAAACCUCAAUUUUCUGCAGCGCAAUUUCACACCUGCGGAACUGGACUACUGUUCCCAGGCACCGAACCCACGCUCCACAUUUGCGGGCCGUUGGAGUGCCAAAGAGGCCGUUUUCAAAAGUUUUCGGGUGCCUUCUAUGGGUGCAGGGGCUGCAAUGCAGGAUAUCGAGAUCUUGGAAGAAAGCGGGAAUCCUUAUGUCAAGCUUCACGGACAUGCUCACGCUGUGGCGAUGUCCAAGGGUAUCAGCAACAUCGAACUGGCGAUUGGCCAUUCUAGGGAAGUGGCUGCCGCCGUAGCGCUAGCCAGGUGGACCCGUGAGUGA